AUGGUAAUCGUGGUGAAACACAACGACCCGGAUCAUCAGCACUCGACACCGGGUAGAGUGUCCACAUCGAGUAGCAGUGGCUCAUCGGCAGUGAACACACUGACAUUGGAUGGCAGUGUUGAGUGCGGGUGCGGCCGGAAAUACUCAACUGCUAGCCUGCCAAUGGGCUCAAACGAGCUAGUUCAAAAAUUGGUCCACAAAAAGUCCAUACCCGAAAUGAUACCCGCCUUUGGCAUUAUGAUGUCCAUAUUGAGCGUGGUGGCUUUUAGCGUGGCAUCGGUCAUUGUCAAAAUUAUCACCGAGCUGCAUUCCCUACAGGUGCUGUUUAUAAGGUGCGCAUUUCAGGUAAUAUUCUACAUGGUACCCAUCAUCUAUUACCGGCACCCUAUAUUCGGCGUACGCGGGCAUCGGAUAGACCUGUUUCUCCGGGCUAUAGCCGGCACCUCAGCAGCUAUAUUCAUAUACCAGGCCUAUCGGCUCAUACCCUUAGGUGACGCCACCACGAUCCAAUUCUCGUCGCCCGUAAUUGUCAUAUUCCUGGCCGUAUUCAUACUCCACGAACCGCUAACAUGUCUACAGGUGUUUACGGGCAUUGCCACGUUUGGCGGCAUUAUAAUCAUUGCCAAACCGGAGUUUAUAUUCGGGAGCGACGGGUACGGCACACCUGACCGCACACAGGGCCUGAUAUUCUCGGUGGUGGCCGCCUGUAGCACAGCGACCGUGAUGAUUAUUUUGCGCAAAUUAAAAACCACCCCAUUGCCCGUGGUGAUCAUAUGGUUCUCGGGCGUUGCCAUGGCGGCCAGUUUGACCACGGUGCUAAUUGUGGACCAAUGGCGUUGGCCGGCGGGUUGGCUUAGCUAUGGCUUAUUGGUGGCGAUAGGGGUGUUGGGUAUCGCCGACCAGUACUUUAUGACUAUAGCCUUACAUUAUGAGUCGGCCGGACCCGUGGCCAUCACCCGUACGCUUAACAUAGUGUUGGCCUUUGUAUGGGACGUAUGGCUGUUGGGCGAGGAGAGUGAUUGGACCUCGGUGACCGGUGCCCUGGUGGUUACCGUGUGCAUAGCAGGCCUGGGUAUUAGUAAAUGGCGCCAGGAGAAACCUGAUCAAUUUUCCCGAUGCACGCGUAGGGUGUUUUGUUGUUGCUGUUGCUAUGGUAACCAAGUGGACACCUAUGCCGACGAUAGUGAGAGGGAUGUGUUGAUUAUUAGGAAACAUUCGCAACCGUUUUACGAUAGCAUCGAUGAUAAGCCCACCGGCAGUCCAGUCAUACCCACCCGAACGCCGCCCCGUAACGAGAGUUUUACGGGUAAAGCUCUACACAAUGAUGACAUCGUGGUUGAGAAAAAUAUACAAUACAAGUACAUCGCAUUAUUAUAUCACGAGAUUAUUUGUUGA